CUAGUAUAUAAGCUGAGGGGAAUGUUUCACAACCAUCCACAACCACCUGGGGAAAGGUCUAGACAUCCUUGGAAGAUAAAACAAAAAUGGCAUCCAAAAUCAUCAUCCUUGCUACCAUCGUCGCUGCUUGCAAUGCAGGACCCAUCUGGUACACCGGAAGCGAUCUUCUUCCCGGAGUGAUCAUGAGGAUCGGUCGCUCGCCCAGCAUCUCUUACGGCUUCGGCAGUGGCUUCAGCAGCAACAUCGGCGGAAUCUCCCACUCCACCGGUAUCGGUGCCUCUUUCCAGUCUGGUGAAGGCCAGGCCUACGGCAGUGGUAUCGGAGCUUCCGAUGGAACAUACGCCCGCGGUGUAGGCAUCGCCAACGCUGGCAACUCCUACCAGCCCAUGGCAUACCAGCCUGCCUACCAGGCCGUUCCUCAGAACCGCCCCGCUUACGGAUCCGCCGUCUCUUCUGCCCAGAACUUCGGAAACUACGGAAACUCCGUAUCUUCUGCUCAGUCUGUUGGUAGCAACCAGUUCAACUCCGCCGUCUCUACUGCUCAGACCGGUGGCCCUGCCCGUUUCAACACCGCCGUCUCGUCCGCCCAGAGCGGUGGCCCCGCCCGCUUCAACACCGCCCUGUCCUCUGCCCAGAGCGCUGGCCCUGCCCGUUACAACUCUGCCAUCUCCUCCGCCCAGAACCUUAACGGCUACGGAACCGCCAUCUCUGCCACCAACAACGGUUUUGGAUCAUCCGUGUCAUCUGCCCAGACCAGGGGCAUCGGUUACGGUGCGGCCGUGUCUGCCUCUGAGAACAUCGGAGGCUACGGCGCCAGCACCGCCCAGGCUGUCCAGCAGGGCGCCGCCGGCGUGCAGCACAGCGGCGCCACCAGCAUCAACGGCCCCGGCAUCCGCGCCGCGCACUCCCACGCCGUCAACACCGGUUUCUACUGAAGUGUUCGUUGUAUUGUAAAAAGAUGUUGAGACGACGAAUGUUAAAACUUGUCUCAAUAUCUUUGGAAAACUUAUUUAACUUAUUUAAAUAUCAAUAAAACAAUUAUUUAUAAAAAA